UUUGCUCUACAUGCAUCUGAGGGGCGGGGUUAAGGAGCGAGGCUUUGGGCUCCUCCUGCCGACUUUGUAUUUUUCGCGUUAUAUUAAUGAGGGUGUGUCAGUCACGUGAGCGGGAUCCCCUCUCUGAUUGGCUGCCAUUCCAAGUGCGUGCCUUCCGGUCUGCGGUCCCUCACUUCCGGCGCGUGUGUUGUCGUUUAGUCUACGCUGCUAAAACUCUCGAUUCGGCCAGGAUGUCGAAGAGGAAGGUGACGUUCGAGGACGGCGCUGGUGACGAGGAGCCCAGUAAAAGACGGUUGGCUGAGGAGGUUGGCCGCCCCGGGAGCCGCUUUAAAGGGAAGCAUUCUCUGGACAGCGAUGAAGAAGAUGAGGAGGAGGAGGAGUGCGGCGACUCCGGUAAAUACAACAUGCUGGCACCGGAGGACGUGGAGGGACAAGAGAGCGCAACCAUAGAGUCUGAGGGGGGAGUGCGGAUUACUCCAUUUAACCUGAGCGAAGAGAUGGAGGAGGGGCACUUCGACUCCGAGGGCAAUUACUUCUUGAAGAAGGAGGAGCAGAUCCGGGACCACUGGCUGGAAAACAUCGACUGGGUCAGAAUCAAGGAACGGGCUGAGCCCACCCUGGCAGAGGCAGACGAGUCCGAUACCGAUGAAGGCCGAGCUCCUCUGGGGAUGAAGGCUCUUCUGGAGGGGAUAUUGGAGCUGCUUCUUCCCGGAGAAACCGUUGCCAAGGGCAUUCAGCGGCUUGGGGGGUCCGGGGAGAGGAGAAGAGGGAAGGGGAGGCGAGAGAGAGGAGGCAGGAGAGCGGGACGAGGGAGAGGACUGAGGUCCAAGGAACGUGACGACAGCCCGGCGGAGGAGAAAGGAAGGGCAGAUUCUGAAAUGGAUGUGGAAGAGAGUGGGCCUGAUGCGGGGCAGGAAAGGCGCAAUGUACCGGGGGGGAAACAGGAAGUGCGCGGAGAAUCCACAGAGGGGACAGAAGGCUGUCGUGAGGGGCAGAAGGUCUCCGAACCCGCGGCGGAGCCCCUGGAGCAGCUUAUAUCUCUGGCCGAUCAGAUGGUGGCCAUCGGCGUGUAUGAGGUGUAUCAGGACACGUACGAGAAGCUGGCCUACAGGCUGCGGGGUCUGGCGCCCCCACGCGCCGUCGACAUGUUUGCGGACGAGGAGGAGGCCCGAGAGGAAACAAAAAGAGCCUCGCCGUCUGCGGAUGACGUUCUUUGGGAAUAUAAAUGGGAAAACACGGAGGAAGCGCAGCUGUACGGCCCGUUCACCAGCUGCCAGAUGCAGGACUGGGUAGAUCAGGGGUAUUUCCAGGACGGGGUAUACUGCCGGCGGCUCAGCAGCUCAGGAGGGCAGUUCUACAAUUCGCAGAGGAUAGACUUUGAUCUGUACGUGUGAUACUCGGCGUUACUAAAGACUGCCGCCGUGUCCCUGCCGCUUGUUUAUCAGACGGAAAUCAGACGCCGUCUUCCGGUUGGCCGUGAGUGCGGGGACGCAGCUGCAGCCCACGCACAGCGCUGUGUAUAUUGAGUGUGAGUGUGAGUGUGUGUAGGUGGAAGUUGUAAUAAAAUACUUUUAUUUCGGU